UCAUGCUCUCCCUUUUAUCUCUCCGCAUCUCUCCACAUCCUCUCCCACAGUCGAGCAGGCUUACGGAUGCCUACCUGUCUCAGCCGCAGCAGCCACUGAGAUCGAAAUCGAAAUCCCACGGCUCAAAAAUACGCAAACCCUAGCUUUCUCGAUUGAUCACCCACCGUUUAUCAAUAGCUACCAACCUAGCUUGCCAUGGCCACCCGCCGAAUCCUCUCCACCCUCCUCCGGUCUUCUCCUCGCAGAACUCCAGCUGCAAGGUCUUCCUUUCCCAUUCCCAGAUCCCAUCCCCCAAUCUCCCGCCCUUCACCCAUCGGUUUCCUACUAUCACGGGCUGUCGAGUAUGCUACCGCUGCGACAGCCCCUGCCCCGUCUUCGCCAUCGUUGGCGAAGGUCUCUGGGGACCCCAGCGGAAAGGUAACUGAUGAGUUCACUGGCGCAGGUGCUGUAGGUCGUGUUUGCCAGGUGAUCGGAGCCGUCGUUGACGUCCGGUUUGAUGAGGGACUGCCACCGAUCCUGACGGCGCUCGAAGUGCUUGAUAACCCGAUCCGUCUCGUCUUGGAGGUAGCACAGCACCUGGGAGAGAACAUGGUGAGAACAAUCGCAAUGGAUGGGACUGAGGGACUCGUGCGCGGGCAGAGGGUGCUCAAUACGGGCUCUCCGAUCACUGUUCCUGUAGGUAGGUCUACCCUCGGCCGUAUCAUGAAUGUUAUUGGAGAACCUAUUGAUGAGAGAGGAGAAAUAAAGACCAAUCAUUUUCUUCCCAUCCAUCGUGAAGCACCUGCCUUUGUUGAUCAGGCUACGGAGCAACAGAUCCUUGUUACUGGUAUUAAGGUUGUGGAUCUUCUUGCUCCUUAUCAGAGGGGUGGCAAGAUCGGGCUAUUUGGUGGUGCUGGCGUAGGGAAAACUGUGCUUAUCAUGGAAUUAAUAAACAAUGUUGCUAAAGCUCAUGGUGGCUUCUCUGUCUUUGCUGGUGUCGGAGAACGCACUCGUGAAGGCAAUGACUUGUACAGGGAAAUGAUUGAGAGUGGUGUGAUUAAGCUUGGAGACAAACAGGAUGAGAGCAAGUGCGCUCUCGUAUACGGGCAAAUGAAUGAGCCUCCUGGUGCUCGUGCUCGUGUUGGUCUAACUGGGUUGACUGUGGCGGAAUACUUUCGUGAUGCUGAAGGGCAAGAUGUGCUUCUCUUCAUUGAUAAUAUUUUCCGCUUCACCCAGGCAAACUCUGAGGUGUCUGCUUUACUUGGUCGUAUUCCUUCUGCUGUUGGCUACCAACCAACUUUAGCCACUGAUCUUGGAGGACUGCAAGAACGAAUCACAACAACAAAGAAGGGUUCUAUUACAUCCGUGCAGGCCAUUUAUGUACCUGCUGAUGAUUUGACGGAUCCUGCACCAGCAACAACUUUUGCCCAUCUUGAUGCCACCACCGUGCUCUCAAGACAGAUCUCUGAACUGGGUAUCUAUCCUGCUGUGGAUCCUCUGGACUCCACGUCUAGAAUGCUUUCUCCCCAUGUAUUAGGAGAAGAGCAUUAUAACACUGCCCGUGGCGUUCAGAAGGUUCUUCAGAACUACAAGAAUCUUCAAGAUAUUAUUGCAAUUCUUGGAAUGGAUGAGCUUAGUGAAGAUGACAAGCUUACUGUUGCUCGUGCUCGGAAGAUUCAAAGGUUUCUUAGCCAGCCUUUCCACGUUGCUGAAGUUUUCACUGGUGCGCCAGGGAAAUAUGUGGAUUUGAAAGAGUGUAUCACUAGCUUCCAGGGUGUUCUUGAUGGCAAGUAUGAUGAUCUCCCUGAGCAAUCAUUUUACAUGGUCGGAGGUAUUGAUGAGGUUAUUGCCAAGGCUGAGAAGAUUUCCAAGGAAUCUAACGCGUGAGAAAAAGAAAAUUUACAAUCUGUAAUAAUCUGGAGGAUACUGUUAAAUUAUUUUGUAUCCAGAGGAGAGUGGGCACAUUUUUGGAUACACAUAAGGUGUUCUUCGAUUCUUCAAGGAAUAAAAGGAUUUCUUAAGUGGCUCAUAGAACAAGAGCGGUAAAGAAAUGAUUUGAGAACCAU